AUGGAUAUGAGAACUUUAUCGAAGUUGAUAUCUUCCCAAUGGGAGAAUGAACCCCAGCAUGUUAAAUGCUACUGGGACAAUAUCGCUGCGAAAGAAAGAUUGAAAGAAACGUGCAUUAAUGAUGAAUAUCAUGAUAAAAUUGAUAUGUCCAUUAACGAAUUCAGAUCAAUCACUUUUAUUAAUUCUACAAUCAAUACGCUAACCAAUGUGGGUGAUCAUUCACAUUCCCUUGAGAAUCGCUCUAUAUCAGCGAUUUCUAAUUGUUCCGAUGAUCCUUUCUUGACGACAAAUCAUUCUGACGAAUUCAAAUCAUUUCGAGAAAAUUCCAUGACUCCAGUUUCUUCCAUGGAGGCUCUUUCUGACGUUUAUUUACCUCUACCACCUUUAUUCGAAUAA